AUGGCGGCAAUAGAUGCCGAGCUUGAGGUCGAUGCCAUUGGUCGCGCAAGCUUUUUGGGCCAGACGUAUAAUGCUCGGUCGGGGAAACUCCUCAACUUCCCGUUGUUUCCGCGGGAUGUUAUUGAGGCUGCGACGAGACCAGGGAACCUCUCCAAUACUGUUAGCACGUAUCAAGAGGUCCGAGAGUCAGAAAACCGGACUUCCCUGCUGAACGUGUCUGCGUCUGUUGCGCUGUCUCUGCUCGGCGGCGCACUGAACGCCAAGGGAUCUGCUGCAUAUAUCGACCGAUCUGACAGUGCUGAGGCAUCCUUAGCCAUUUCGGGUAUUAGGGGUAUCACCGCAGAUCGCCCGCGCCUGGAGGUUCUCGAUCAGGGACUGCAAUCUUCAGUUAUAUUGACACCCGAAAAAGUCCAACAACUCGGGGCCACCCACGUCGUUACAGCCAUAUGUUACGGGGCCUCCAUGAUCGGAAGUCUGUCUCAGACCAACUACGAUUUGCAAAAGAGUACCGGCGUUGAAGGGCGGCUGACGCUCAAGAUGCUGCAAAGUUUCGGAGCCUUCACUGGGGCUGGGGGCGACGCCGACGUUUCCGACUCAAACAGGGAGAAAAUCAGUCGUUACGAGUUGGAGAUCCACUUAGUCGGAGAUUUCCUGGGUGGCAUGGUUCCUGUCAAUCCGGUAGCGCUAUCCAUGAAGUUGGCGGAGCCUGCGAAGGUGCUCCGUGUUCAAGUUCCUGUUAAGUUGACAUUAUCACCGCUGAGCUUUUUCAAGGGAAUAUCCGCGGAGAUUUUCUCGCGCGAUCUUGAGGAGGCACAGCUUCUCUCUCUCAUGAAAAUCUACGACGAAAUGGUUACUCUUACUCAGAAUUGGAACUAUCUUGUCGGCAAUAUCGCGCAGCACGGCGACAUGAGCGGCUACACGCUUGUGGACUGGUGUACGGCUCUCCAAAAGGGUUGGGGCGUUUACUAUAGUCCAGGAUCCAACGCCAAGUAUAUUGGUGAUCUCGUUGACGGGUUACCGCACGGCAAGGGCCGCAUGACAUAUUCCGAUGGCAGGGUUUACGAAGGGUCGUGGUUCCGCGGCGACUGGGAUGGACCCGGCAAUCUUACGAAAGGUGACACUAUAUUGCAGUCUGGAAUAUUCGUCAACAGCAAGGUGGAAGAUCGAGCCGUCAUGAUCAACGUAACAGUCUAUGACGGCGAUGUGCCAGUGGACUCAGCGACCAUUGCGGUCAUCUGCCACCAGAUCACGCCGCCACGGCAGCAGCCAAUUCCCGAAAUGAAAACGCUGAUUCCAGCUCAGCUGCAGAAAAUUUCCAAUGCUCUGGGGUGGCAACAUGGACAGCGCUUCCGCCUGCACACAACAUGGGAAGCCCCGAAGUAUAUAUCAUGGCCAGACUCCUCAGAAAGGCCCUUUUCAGACCCUACCUGGGAGUUGUAUCCGGAUGAACCGAUACCAAAUCAUUUCAGCAAGGAGAAGUCCUCAACUAGUGUCAUUGCCAACGGCUCCGAGCUGGAGUCGUUCGAAUACGAUGAUAACCAGCUCAUGCUCGGCUAA